AUGAUGCAAGAUGACAGCAAUCGCCGGAUGUCUGUGACAUUCAUCUGUCUGCGCAUACAACUCCCAGAGUAUGACUGCAAAAAGUGCAAAAAAGGAGAAUCACCCAAGGAAGUCCGAGCUAACCAACGUCUGUUCACAACAGCAGUUUGGGAGCUGUUUUCUAUCCUAUCUCAAUGGGAACAGCACGGCGAGGUUGGAUUGGAGAUUAGUGUCCAUUCUCCAAGUGAUGCCCUUCACUAUUGCCAGGAGCUCAAGAGCCGAAUCCAUCGCAGAGCGAACAUGCCCCCGAAAUACUCGAAACCUAGAACAAGAGGCAAGGCCACUCACGGCUGGAGGCAAGGCAGACAAAUCGACAACCCCCCCGACGGUGCUAAACUCAGAGUCUUUGGACAACCCAAAGGGCUAGGCUUCGACUUGCGUACAUCGGUGGCCCGCAAGCUAGGAACCCUGCCCGAGGUCAAGGUAGUCACAUGGCUGCUCAUUCGUCGACAGUUUUACCGUCAUUUCUCUGUGCCAAAGGCUUUGGAACCGAUGAUGAAAAGUUUACCUCGCCUAGAGCACCUUUCGUAUGAGCCGUGGCGAGGAAUCGAUACCGACAAGAUCGCUGGACGGCAGAUACGAGACGAACAGCACACUCGUUUAUUUCUUGACGUUAUACAGCACCAUAAGGCUUUACAUUCAGUGUCCAUGUUUGAGAACUUCAACCCUGCCAUGCAUACCAGUGGGAAAAGAGAAGCCUAUUCAGCCUUGGGCCAAAGCGUCGCGAAAGCAAGCCAGAACUUGGAGAAUCUAGCAGCCAUAUUCAACAUCGACGCCAAAGACUUCUUCUACGCGUUUUUCCCGAGCCAGAACACAGGAAUGCUGCUGCCCAGCAUGUCGUGGAGCAAACUAAGGCAUUUAAACCUUUGCUCAGAGCUCCUUGUCCCGGCACACUACAACGAGCUGAUCCAAGUUGCGGCGGCAGCGGCACUCCAGAUGCCGAAACUUACGUACGUUCGCUUUACCUGGACGUAA